GAAACUAGAGCGUCAGAGGCCCAGGCAAAAUAGAAAAAUCGGAGAGGAACACUGGAGAAAGCUAGGCCAAAUCUCGCUUUGCGAUUUCGGCGUGGUCUCCGUCCUUGGCCUCGGCGUCGCGGGUGGCGAGAUGGCGAGAGACUGGGAGGGGAUCCCGGCGAGGGAGCGGCGGCAGAUGGAGGAGAUCCGGCAGCUCGACGGUGUGGAGCUCAACUUCGUGGUGCUCGACAGUGACGACGACGAGGAGGACGAAGAGGAAGAGGAGGAGGAGGACGAGGAGGAGGAGGAGGAGGACCGCCUUCGCUCCAUCGGCUCUUUCAGGAGGUUGGAUAACGCGGUGGCUGGCAGAGACGGAAGUCCAACCUCAUUGCACUCUUAUCUCGGUGCGGUUGAUGAUACACCGGGUAGAAAAAUGGUUCUAUUAGAUGCUGGUGCAGUCCUCAGCUUGCCAAUGCUCUUUCUUCAUGAUGUCGUCCUAUUUCCUGAAGCUACCCUGCCUCUGAGACUAAUUCAUGCUAGUCUUGUGGUAGCUGUUGAGAAAGCUUUGAGACAUGUCGAUGCUCCAAACACAAUUGGUGUGGUUCUCAUGCAUAGACGGCUAAAUCAUCAAUAUGUUAACGCCUCAGUUGGAACAACAGCAGAGAUACGGCAACUUGGACGAUUGGAUGAUGGUUCAGUAAAUGUUCUAACCCGUGGUCAGCAACGAUUUCGUCUGAUCCGUCACUGGGAGGAUGUUGAUGGGGUGGUGUGGGGUGACAUCCAAAUCAUUGAAGAAGAUACUCCUCUCAGAACUCCAAGAGAUGCUUUUGCUCAACUAGCUGCAUGUAGCAGCUUCCGGCCGCAUACUUCUUCACCGGUUAUGAGUUCAGAUGUCUCCCAAAUCAAGCAACAGAAUCAUAUGGAUUCAAAACUAGAUUGCGAUUCCCCGUCUCACACAAGUACUGUAAGUGAUCAUUCAACAAUGGCUGCAAAGAUGUGCCACUCACGUUCACAAUCCAGCAAUUCAAUGAAGUUAUGUGUUUCUGGUCAGUCAGUAAUGAAAACCUUUGUUGAUGACGAUGACGAUGAUAUUGCUGCUAGUUGGUGCUCGUCAAGUGCAAGAGCAACACGUAAAAAGCAACAGCAUCAGUGCACACCUGCUAGUUACUCAAAGCAGCCAGUUCAGGCAUCACUGUCAUUUUGGCCUCGAUGGGUUUAUGAAAUGUACGACUCAUACACACUUGCUCGUAGAGCUGCGGAAUUGUGGAAACGCACAAUAAAAAACUCAAACAUGGAUGAUCAUGUGGGGAAACCAGAUCUUUUGUCAUUUUACAUUGGAAGCAAACUUCCUGUAUCAGAAUCUGGAAGACAAAAAUUGCUGGAGAUUGAUGGAAUUGUGUAUCGCCUGCAAAGGGAGAUCCAGCUUCUAAAGAUCUUCGAUAUUAUAAAAUGCUGUCGUUGCAAGUCCAAACUAGCAAAACGGAGCGAUCUGGUGGAGAUGUCUUGCGAUGGGCCUGUUGGUACUCAUGUCAACCCUCAUGGUUUUGUGCAUAGUAUUAUAACAGUGAACAAUGCAACUGGGCUUGCUCUAGUGGGGACUUCUUCAAAAGAAUACAGCUGGUUUCCAGGAUACUCUUGGACGAUCGGGGAAUGUGCCAACUGUGGCAACAACAUAGGCUGGUUCUUCAAAACCACCAAGAAGCAUCUGUGCCCAACAUACUUUUGGGGGAUCCGUACCGCCCAAAUUGCAGAUGUUGUAGAAGAAGAUGAUCUGGAAGAAUGAUGCUCUCCAUGUAAAGCAAACUCUGUAUGACUUGUGAUGUCUUCCUUUUUUGGCUCACUCCAUGGUAAAGAGCUUGUCUAGGUAUAGUUUCUUCAUUUUUAGCCAUAGGCACCGGCAACUGGGGACAUAGUACCUGCCGUUUCACCUUCCGAAUGGUCGUGAUGAACUUGUAAAACUAGUCACCACCUUGGGUGUGUUGUACUGUGUUGUACCCCGGGCUUUGUUACAGACGUUUUCCGAAAUGAAUGUGGUACAUACCCUGGGUCGUGUGACCAUUUUCAGAGUACUCA